AUGCUCUCUGCCCUCGAAAUCCUUGCAGUCAUUGGCGUCGUCCUCCUCGUCCCCUUGCUCUACCGCCUCUGGAACUUCAUUUGGCUCUACUUCCUCCGCCCGAGCACUGCUCACAAAUACCUCCACGCUGCACCAACAUACGCCCUCAUCACAGGCGCAUCGGACGGCAUUGGCAAGGCCCUCGCGAAGGAGCUAUACGACCAGGGCUUCAACCUGAUCCUUCACGGGCGCAAUGAGCAGAAGAUUCGCAAGGUUGUGGAGGAGGUUCGCAGAAACGGCGCUCGCGAUGUGCUCUACUUCCUCGCAGACGCCUCAGACGUGAAUCAUGAUUUCGAGCGCAUGAUGGCGCCCUACAUGAACCUUAACAUCACGCUCGUCGUGCACAAUGUAGGAAACCAGGGCUUCACCAAGGAGAGAAUCGAUGGCUUCAGCAACGCAGACGUAGCGGGAAUCGUCAACCGCAAUGCGAUCUUUCCUCUCCACCUCACCCACACCCUCCUGCCCCGACUCAGGCUCUCCGCCAAAACUGGACCCGUCUUAGUGCAAUUCAUGGGGUCUCUCGCAAGCGAGAUUUCCCCGCCGCGGUUCGCCAUCUACGGUGCCUCGAAGUCCUUCCUGAAGGCACUCGCCCGUGGUCUCGACACUGACGAGCAGGUAUGGACGCCGACGGGUGUGCACUUUGAGUACCUCGUGACGGGCCAGGUGCAGUCCAAUAGCAUGCGCUUAACUGCAUCGCUGGGUACCCCGACGUCGGAGACGUAUGCGAAGGCUAUUGUGGCGCGGAUGGGCUGUGGGUGGAGGAAGUAUUGUCCGUUUUGGGUGCAUGCCGUCCAGCUAUGGUUCUCGGAAGUCAUGGGGGAGGGUAUGCAAGAUAAGUAUGCGGCGGGGGCAAUCCCGGAGUUGAUUGCUUUGCACGAGAAGAAGGCUUGA